GUUUUCCCCCAAACAUAAACAUCAAAAAGAGGGAAGGACAACACAGUUUCACAAACAGAGAGAGAGAGGGCCAGAAUUUUAUCAAAGAGCCCUCUCAAAUUCAAAACACAAAUUAAAAAAUUGUGAAUCCAUAGGAGUGUUAUUGUUGUCGAUCCAUUAACAUUGUCCUAUGGUUCACAAAGUUUUGGUAUUUGAUGCGCCGAUCGAAUGCCCGCACAGUAAACCCUAGUUUGGAGGCAAAGAAAGAUAUGGAUCGGAUUAAGCUUCCAUUUCGAUCGACCCGGCCCGGUUUUCGAUCUCCCAAUAGCAAACACUCAAACCCCAGAUCAAGGUUUUGUUUAAGCACUUCAUUCUCCGUGGCCCUUGUGUUAUUUUGCUACAUUCUGUUCUUUGGGGAUAAGAAUCAGGAGAGCAAGAGGUAUGGUGUGGUGAUUGAUGGGGGGAGCACGGGUACUAGAAUCCAUGUGUUCAAGUACGAGGUUAGGAAUGGGAGCUUGGUUCUGGAUUUUUCCGAGAAAGGAUUGGUGUCCAUGAGGGUGAAUCCGGGAUUGUCAGCUUACGCCGAGGAGCCAGAGAAGGCUGGUGCUGCCGUGGCAGAGCUAAUGGAGUUUGCAAAGAGGAAUAUUCCGAGGGAGAAAUGGGCGUACACCGAAGUUCGCUUGAUGGCGACUGCGGGUAUGAGGUUGUUGAAGCACGGGUAUCAAGAGAGGAUCUUGAAUGCCUGCCGCAAGAUAUUGAAGGCGUCUGGAUUUAAGUUUCAUGAUGAUUGGGCCGCUGUUAUUUCAGGGUCUGAUGAAGGCUUGUAUGCCUGGGUUGUGGCUAAUUAUGCUCUCGGAACUCUUGGAGCAGAACCAGCACAAACAACAGGAAUUAUUGAACUUGGUGGUGCUUCAGCUCAGGUUACAUUUGUCUCAAAUGAACCCAUGCCCCCUGAGUUCUCUCGGAAAGUUAAAUUUGGGAAUUUUACUUACAAUCUAUACAGUCACAGCUUGCUUCACUUUGGCCAGAAUGUUGCAUUUGACUUGCUGAAAGAAUCUCUUGUUUCAGGAGGCCAAGAAUUGGCUACUGAAUCCAUCCGGAGAGAGAAGCUAAUGGAUCCUUGUACUCCUAGAGGAUAUGCCCCUAAUAAGGACACAUUGAAACUCUCUCCUACUUCAUUGAUUGAAAAGAACAGAUACCUAUCUACUUUGCUUGCCAGCGGUAAUUUCUCAGAAUGCAGAUCUGCAGCUUUAAAACUAUUGCAGAAAGACCAAGAUAGAUGCUCUUACCCGACCUGCUACAUAGGGUCAACAUUUAUACCAAAGCUCAAAGGGAAGUUUCUGGCAACCGAGAACUUUUUUCACACUUCUAAGUUCUUUGGUCUGGACCAAAGAGCUUUUCUUUCUGAUCUGGUGGUUUCUGGGCAACAAUUUUGUGCUGAGGACUGGUCAAAGUUGGCACAGAAAUACAAUUCUCUUGAGGAAGAGGACCUUCUUCGCUAUUGCUUCUCUUCAGCAUAUAUAGUUGCAAUGCUUCAUGAUAGUCUUGGAAUUGCUUUGGAUGAUCAGAGGAUUGGAUAUGCUAAUCAAGUGCACGAUAUCCCACUCGACUGGGCACUAGGAGCAUUCAUCCUGCAGAGUGCAGCUGAAUUGGAUGCUAGUUCUGACUGGAUGGCGACUGUAAUAGGGGGUAAAUCCUCACCAUUGCCACUUCUAUUUGGAAUCUUCAUCUUGUUAAUACUUGUAUCAUGGCUUGUGUCGAAAUGGAGAAAGCCUCAGCUAAAGACUAUUUAUGAUCUAGAGAAAGGGAAGUAUAUAGUUACACGCGUUGGUAGAUACUCGUAGGUUAUAGGAGAGUUCAACUGAGCGCCUGAUUGCGCCACACUGCACUUGCUGAAUUUUGGCCCGUCGACAAUGCUCUGUUCAAGAUGAAGAGAGAGGAUUCGGACCAUCCUGCCGCCUAUUGGACAAGUUCCGGCCGAAAAUAUCGAAGCAAAGUGAGAUAAUUGUUGAUGUAGUUCUUGUGUCCAUAGUAUAGAGAGUUGUAAGGAUCUUGUUUAAAAUUUAAUCCAUAGAAUUAUAGAAGGGAGCUCUCUGUGAUAGCGAGUUUGGUUCCCUGAAUAGUGUUGGAUCAUUUUAGGUGUCAAAUUCUUGUAUUGUUUCUAGUAACGUACUUUGCUGAUUAUAUAUUUUUUUUCCAUCAAUGUAUAAUUUUUAUGUCA